AUGGGGACUAGCAUAGACACAUACAAGAGGUUCAAGCCUCACAUACUUAUGGUUUUAGGUCAACUUGCUUAUACUUUGUUGUACUUUUUAACUGAAGCAUCAUUCAAUCAUGGAAUGAAUCCGCACGUUUAUGUAACUUAUCGACAUAUCGUUGCGGGUUUUGUUACGCUACCGUUUGCUUAUUUUCUUGAAAGAAAUAAAAGGCCAAAGUUAACUAUAGCUUUGUUGUUGGAGAUAUUUGUACUAUCUCUACUGGGAGUGAGUUUGACACUGAACAUGUACUUUGCGAGCUUGAACUACACUUCUCCGACUCUUCUUGCCUCGAUGGUCAACACUAUAGCUGCCUUAUCAUUUGUACUAGCAGUUAUUCUGAGGUUGGAAGAUGCUAACAUUCGAAAUCCUAGAGGAAUAGCAAAAGUCAUAGGAACCUUGGUUUCCUUGGCCGGUGUCUCGGGCAUGACCUUGUACAAAGGACCUGUUGUGAAAAGCUUAGGACGUACCCUCAUCUACAUCCACAGAGGGAAUGGUGUUGUCCACGAGAAUUGGUCAAAAGGCUUGAUCCUCACUGCUGCAAGCUGCAUUACGUGGUCAAUGUGGUACAUCAUGCAGGCUUACACUUUGAAAAGAUAUCCAGCACAACUAUCACUGACAACAUGGAUGAGUUUUGUCGGUGCAACACAGUCAGCGUUCUAUACGGUAACUGUACAACACAAACGAACAGCUUGGACGAUGGGUUUAGACAUUGAAUUGUGGUCUACUUUGUAUGGGGGCAUAGUGAUGUCUGGUUUAGUAGUGUACAUACAACUCUGGUGCAUUGAACAAAAGGGACCAGUUUUCAUUACAGUGUUCAAUCCAGUCUCAACCGUACUAGUUGCAGUUGUAGCAUAUUUCGUCCUUGGUGAAAAGCUCUACACAGGAAGCAUCAUUGGAGCAGUAAUUGUCAUUACUGGAUUGUACUUGCUUUUGUGGGGAAAAGAAGAUCCACAACCAGAAUCGGAAGAGCAAGAGCAAUGUUGCACAACUCACGAAGACCCUAUGAUGCAGAUUAGUGCAGAACCUUGA